AUGAACUCACUGAGCACAGCAGGGCACUGUUGGGAAGAGGAGAGGAAGAACCUGGCCGGCCUCAGGAUGCAGCAAGGAAUUGUUCAGGCACAGGCAUGCAGGAAGCCACUGCCCAGAGCUGGAGUCUGGGGAGAGAUCACCACAUCCAGCUGGGGGAAGGACUGUGAGACUCUGAAAGCUUUUGACCGUGAAGUAAAUGAAUUUGUGGACUAUAUGUUUGGACCUCGAGAUGCCAGGGUUAGAGGAUGGUUCCUUUUGGACUCUUACCUUCCCACGUUUUUCCUUACUGGAGCAUAUCUACUCUGCAUAUGGCUGGGCAACAAGUUCAUGAAGAACAGGCCUCCUUUCUCUCUCAGGCCUCACCUCAUCGUGUAUAACCUGGGCAUCACACUGCUUUCCUUCUACAUGCUCAUCGAGCUCAUCCUUGCCACAUGGGAAGGCGGCUACAACCUGCAGUGCCAGAACCUCCACAGCGCAGGGGAGGCCGAUAUCCGGGUAGCCAAGGUGCUGUGGUGGUAUUAUUUUUCCAAAGUAAUUGAAUUCAUGGACACUAUCUUCUUUGUACUGAGAAAGAAAAGCAGCCAGAUCACCUUCCUUCAUGUGUAUCACCAUGCCACAAUGUUUAACAUUUGGUGGUGUGUUCUGAACUGGAUACCUUGUGGGCAGAGUUUCUUUGGACCCACUUUGAACAGCUUUAUCCACGUGCUUAUGUAUUCUUACUAUGGACUAUCAGUCAUCCCUUCUAUGCGCAAAUAUCUCUGGUGGAAGAAAUACCUCACUCAGGCACAACUGAUCCAGUUUCUGCUCACUAUUGUGCACACGCUCAGCGCAGCUGUGAAGCCAUGUGGAUUCCCCUUUGGCUGCCUCAUGUUCCAGUCUUCCUACAUGGCCACUCUGGUCAUCCUAUUCAUCAACUUCUACAUCAAGACAUACCGGAAAGCACCUUCAAGAACAGCUGUAAAGGAAACCCCUGUCACAACAGAAAUGAAGAACGGUUUCCAUAAGGACUACUUUGCUACUGCCAAUGGAUUGCAGAAUAAUAAGAAGGCACAAUAAGUAUAGUGUUUCUUAUGAUUUUUUCCUAAAGAGAAAAAGAAGAAAAAAGACUGAUUUACAAGCUUUAGCUUAAAACCUAUUUGAUUACAUUUAUCAGUUCUUUGUACCAGACACUUGUUAAUGUACUGCUAUUUAGGUUUUAACAAAAUGACUAGAAUUACUUGUCUUGUUAAAGAUCACCAUCAAAACAAAGAAAGCCAAGAUCUUUCUCAUAUGAAAAAGAAAACCUUUCCGAUCUUUAAUGCUGACACAAAAACGCCUUAUGAAACACUUGAUGGAUAAAUCCAUCAAUGCCUUCAAAAGGUUAGGACUCUGUUCAGACUAACACAGUGAGCACUGCCUGUGCAAGCGAGAGCUCUUGAGGCAAGGCCUCACAGUGCACCCAGUACAUCCAGCUAAGCUAUGGCCAAGGCCAGGAAAAUAAAGGAGGGGUGGGGGAAAGGUGAGAAUUGUACCUUUUCCAUCACCAUACCCCUGUUUUCUACUUUUCAGCAACUCCCCAAAGCACACUACCUCCCCAUGGACACCAGCAAGGUACCCUUUGAUCCUGUGGGAGCCCUGGGGAAGGACAGAGGGCAGAGCCCAGCUGCACCAUCCCAUAGUUUGCAGGCAAUUGUGCACCGUGCUCACUUGCUUUACACAAGUGCAACCUGAUUCAAAUGCCAGGAAGACUGGCAGGAGCUUUCUGUUUCAGGGGGCUGGGCUGGUAGCCCCUGGCACUGCCUGGAAUGGUAUCCUGAACACAGAGCAAAACAAGUCACUUUGGAUGUGCUAAGUUAAUAGGAGUUCUAGGUAAAUGGAUUUUGAAAGAAAUAGGGUCUUAGGAACUUAAAGAAGAUAAAUCUGUUGAGUGUAAAUGUGUGUAAAGUUAAUCCCAUACAAAUACUGCUAAUUCAAAGCAAACUGUCAUGCCACAUAUUAAUAGACUAGAAGAUGCAGAAAAUGUGAAAAGUGAGUUCAGCAGUGAGCAAGGCAGGUUAUACAGGAAUUUCUGUG